AUGCCAAAGUGCCCAACUUGCGCGAAAGAAGUUUACUUUGGUAAGUACAAUAGACAAUUUACAACCAAAACAGGCUCUGGCAUUUUUUCUCGUUAUAAUUUGAUAACGCCUGUAGAACAGACGUGAGUGCAUGCAUUCAUCACAUCAUUGGUUACGUCAGUUAUAUCUGUUGUUUUUCGCAGUGUCUGUUCCUAGUUCCUCGCUUUUUGUUCAUUUGAUUUCAUUUGUUUGCGUUAAUGACUGUUCUUUUGAACGUUUUAAUUACACAGAGAACAAUGAUAUGGUGCCAAUACCGGUAGUUUCACACUAAACAACGGAAUCUCUGUUUGAUGGCGUUGCUAUUUUUGAAUUUUUAAUACCCGAUUCUAAUCAAGGGAGAUAUUUACAGAAAGAUAUUUUAGAGCAGCUGAUUUAAUUUGUUGCGUAAGGGAUAGAAAUGGAAUUUUUAAGCUCCUGAUAUGUAGUAUUUUUCAUCGAUAAACAGCAAACGGAAUCAUGAUUCGAAGCCCACAUACCGUGAAGUUUAACCAACAUUUAUUUAAACUGUCAGCUUCUUUCAUUACUUUCUUUUUAGCGGAGCGAGUUUCUUCCAUUGGUAAGGAUUGGCAUAGAGGUUGCCUCAAGUGUGCAAAAUGCAAGAAGACACUUUCUCCUGGCGGUCAUUCUGAGGUAACUCACCUGGAAUUUUCUUAUGAAUACAGUACAUUAUAAUGUAAAGCUUUUUAAGUUCUGAAAGUGAAAAUUAUGUGCUUGCCAUUUGAAGGUGAUUGUCUGUCUAUGCGGAAUGGUAAGAAUUUGUUAUCAGAAACUGAUUAAUUAGCUGGGGUAAACAGUGUUGUUAUUUUUAAUUAGUCUUUGAUUAAAAUCCAUUGUUUUAAAUUCUUGGAAUAAAUAGAAAACUAUUAUGAAUAAAUUAUGUGCAGUUGAAUUUAAAGAAAGCAAUUAUCACACCUACAUUGUAAUACAAGUUCAAUGUUAACUUUUCAAACUGCACUGAUGUUGAAAUUCUGGGCAGUCAUAAUUGUAUAAGCCUUUGGUUCCAUAUGCACCCUCUCUUUUGGUUCUUGAGGGUUGCUAAUAGGGUACCUCGGUACCAUAAUCCCGACCCAAAAUUUCGUACAAAUAUCACAUAAUCCCAAGGGUUAUCUUUGGCACCCACCUGACCUCCCAAGCAUACAUUCAAUCCCGAAUCUCGCCCCAAUUUUUUAAAAUCCCAAAUCCCAAGCUUCAAGUAAGGUAAAUCCAGGAUUGCAAGAAACCUUUUGGGGACUCUUGCCCUUAGGUGCUGUAUUUUUCAAGGACAUUUUUCUUGAUUGCUCCAAAUCUUACUGUCUGGUUCAUCUGCAUCACCUCAUUUUUGUGACGAAUGGAACAAUGAUUGAGAUGAUCUAGAUGAGAAACCAGCCUGUGUACAGACUUAAGUUCUAUCCAGGUGGUAAUGAUCAUCCCAACAGAUUUUUUUUUUGUUUUUGCUUCCUGCCCUUGCUGUUUACGGUGUACUUUGUUGAUCUUGACAAGGGUAAACAUUCUGCUAAAUUAUAACUCCCAGGACUCACCAUAGCAAUUUGUAACAAUAUCACUCGAAUCUGUCCAUUUUAUUGCCACCCUUUGUGCAAUCCCCUAGGGGUGUUCCUCUCAUAAAAAUGGUAGAGGUGCUUUUUGUGGGGGUAAAUUUAGUGAACUCAUGCCUCUCAGGGAGCUAAACCUUUAAAAAAUUAUUCCAAUAUGGAGUUCCUGCAGUACUUUCUAUGGGCAUUUUACAGUAUGGAGCCAUAAAAAUGAAGGUACCGUGACGGUGACUGCUGUCAAAUUAGCACCCUCCUUGCAGAUAAAAGUAUAAUAUAAGAACUCAUCAGUCAACCCUUUCCAAGGAAGAAGAAAAUCACUGAAUAUAGAUCGAUGCUAGUUUAGUGUAAAAGCUUGUUAAAGCUUUUGUUUGCUUAACAUAAAAUACUAUUUUACAGCUUAGAUUUUCAAAAUGAAAUAAGCACCCCACUUUAAAUGAGUAGCCCUGCUUUCCAGUCAGAAAAUGAGAUAUUUUUCAAAGCAUUUAUGGUAGCUAUUUGUUGUACCUGUAGUCUACUGAAUAGUCUUUAUUGCUAUUGAAAAUUGUCAGUGGACCCGGCCCCAAGCCCCUGGGUAGAGGUUUAUCCAGUGGAUAACAUUAUCCACUUUCUGAGCAAUUAACCUGCCAGGUAAUACGAGACUACCGUAAAUCCUCUAUUAAGCCUCAACCCCCUCUCAAAUAAGCCCCCUCCCUCUAAUGAGCACUCCUUUUCAGGGGAAGAAAGUCAAUAAGCCCCGCCCUCUUUUUUAAGCCCCUCCUCCCCUCCCCUACUUAUUCUUCGCUACUAAAUGAUAGACUGUAUUUAUCAAUCACGACUGUAAAACUUUGUGUGGACUGAUCUGGGAUGGUUUAUUCACCAACUGGGAAUUGAUCUUCGGAUGAAUGACCUCCAACUUUUUGUUCUUUAUGAAGAACUGAUACCAUCGUCCGUGCUUAAUUAAAGAAGCCUCCCCUCUCAAAUAAGCCCCCCCGUCUCCAUUAAGCCCCCCCUCAAACAUGUUUGAAAUAAAGAAGCCCCCCCGGGGGGCUUAAUAGAGGAUUUACGGUAUAUUAUUAAUCAUAACCCUUAGGUGAAAGUAAUCUUGUUACCAGAUCUCUUGUUGACAAAGCCAAAGGCGAGAGCUGGUCAAAUCCGAUUUGCACACGUGACUGCCUGUCAGGAAUGUGACAGGCAAUGAAAGAGCGCAUGUUUGAAAUAAAUGCUCGAAAUUGCGGCCGUUUAUUAACUUGUUAAACAACAAAUCUGAUAGAGCUGUGACAAAACGUGGUUUUGAGCAGACGCUUUUUCGGUAGACUACGAGCAGUCUCUCUCUUUUGUUGAUCCGUCGAGCAAAACGCCCGAGACGCGCAAAUGGCCACGCGCGUGACUGAAGGCGCGAGACGGGAGACGGGCAGCCGCCCUCGUUUCUCACCUCUCGCGGCUUCGUCGCUCAACGCUCGCGCGCGCGGCACUCCCCUUACUAAAUCUGAUGAAGAAAAUAGAGACCGCUCGCAGUCUACUUUUUCGGCUCUUGUUCCACUCGUCGAGAAAAUAGGUAAUUUAUGUGCUGCUCUUUGUAGAAAGAUGGCAAACCGUACUGCAAUGUGCCAUGCUACAGUGCCCUGUUUGGUCCAAAAGGCUUUGGUCAUGGAGGCACCGAGUCGCACAAAUACUGAGAGAGUGACGUCAAACGGCUCUCCAAGACAAUGCAGAAUUAUGAAAACAUCUUUUUCAUUGAAAGUAAAAUAAAGGUGGUCGAUAUUUUUGGAAUAACAUGUCCAGUGUUCAUUAUCCAUGCCCAGCCAGUGAGUUUGACAUUACGCGUGGACAUGAAAUAACAGCAGCUUCCUCCUCUGGCGCUUCGUUUUUCGCAAGGUAGCAGAGGCGAGCGACUGGUGAUGAACCGCAAGGGACCAUGGGAAGGGUACGGACGGCAGGCGAAGCGCUGUCUCGCCCGUUGUCUCCUUCCCGCCUUCCUUUGCGCGCACAUUUUCAUCGAGAGAGAGAGACGUCUGGGUAAGAGGCAGAAAUAACAGGAUAUUGGCAAAUUAGGGUCAGGAAAAGGGGUGGGGGGAAGGUCAAGCUCGGUCAGCGUUCACCGGCCAACAUGGCGGCUCUCCCCAGCAUUUUUGUCAAUGCUGUGAGCUCCGACCACAUCUAUGUAAUAGGAAACCUUUAUACAUUAAAGAUGUAGAUGUAGAUCUCGCAUUCCCCAGUAGACCUGCACCGUUUUAAACCUCUUAUUUCACUGGUCCCCUUUAAUCUGCUCUUCCACUGUUUUCAGGGAUAGGGGCAUUGUUAUGUGACAAUCACUAUUGUUUUCCCAGCUAAUCAAAAACAAUUUUUCUAAUAGGUGCGGGAUCGCCCGCAUCCCCGCUCCUAUAAUUUUAACGAGAGUCCCGCGUCCCAAACUUCUGUCAUUGUUCUUCCGAAUAUCGUUUUCUUUUCCGAUCCCGCAUUCUCUACCCAAAUUUGGCGACUCCCGCUUCCCAGGUAGCAGUUAAAUCCCGUAUGCCAUUAACGUCUCUCGAAUCCCGCGCUGAAUCCCGGGAAGACCUCUCCAGGCCCCGGAAAAUCCACCUGAGUUUGUUUUUCGCUUACCACAGUCAUUUUUGCAGAAAAGCAAAGUUUAGCACAGUACAAAUUUAGUGAAUGAAACAUUUACUUAGUCUCCUACGAAGACACUUUGGAGAGUAAUGAAACAUUGGUCCCUCGAAAGAAUAAAACUAUGUCAAUACCUGGCUUAGUUUACUUAGAAAUCCACUUUUAAUGUUAAUAUUUUACUGCCACUGAAUUUUCGAAGACAAAAUAGCCAAGCGUACGUACUGUUCAAUUUUAUUUAGAAGGAAACGCUUUUGCGCUGUAGUAUUUUUGAUUGUUUUAGCCAAAAGUUCCAGAGAAAAUAUUGAGGGUAGUUUUAUGACAUCUUGUCAAAUUGUAGACAAUAUGUAUGCUGGCCACAUAAUUGAAAGCAAAGGGUUUUAUUUCGGUGAAUCAAAUUGUCAGAAAAAAAAAACACUUUUAGCUUAAGCCCUCCGGCUGAAAAACCGUAAGGCUUUAAAAAUUCAAAAAUUAUUUGUUCUUGCCCUUUUGUCGUCAGCAAGAUUUAUUGUGACUUUCAAAUUUGCGCUCUUUCCUUUGAAUUUUGGUUAUCUAUCUGCACCGAGUACUCGCUUUUCUGAAACCCCUGCUAAAGAUGCUUUGUCUCAUGUGCUAAUUGUUUACUGAAAGUGGCCAUGUGUGCUCUAUAUUGUAAAAUUUCAAAUUUCCUAUUUCUUAAAUGAUUAAGUUUAAGCUCAAGAAAGAAAACGAAAUGCCUAUUCUUUUCUGAUGUUUCUGUAACAAAUAAGAAAUUGGAAAAAAAAACAGAUUGAGGAGACGUACAGCUGAAUGCACGCUUUAUUUCCACCGUGAAUAUUUCUUGAGUAUAACCUAUUCAUUACUACAUAUCUGUUCCGUGAAAGGAGAAACAAACGAAUUAUGUUUUUUAGUUUACCUGGUAGAGUAGUCAAACCUAGAUGGAAAUGGUAUCAGUCACGUACGAUGUUGAUUGAAUCCCCCCCCCAAAAAAAAAAACAGGACUUGAUCAGGGUAAAAGAUGACGCUCAUUCAAAAUUGAUCCCUAUAGUGUUCCCGCGUGUCCAAUAGCACACAAGAUUUAAUAAGUGGAACAAAGCUCAAUUAAUGCACAUAUACAUAUAUUUAAAUCGCUCUGCUUCUUCUUGUAAGCAGGUGUUUACUGAAAACAAAAACGUCAAGCGAUCUUUACUUUUUUUAGUUCAACAGCGAAGAUCAGUCUGAUUUUGAAAGCAAGAAACUCCGAUAUGUCUAGAAAGUGCCCAACAUGCGACAAAACUGUUUAUAUGGGUAAGAAAUUGAUGAGCUAACACUUUGUGAUCUGCACUUGUUACCUCACGACUUUGACAGCCGUGGAUCGAAGGUUUAUUUCUUUCGACCGUUGCUGUCUGAUAUUUUUUUGGGUAUUUUUUACAUAAGGUCCAUAAGGUACACUGAAAACUUGGCACGAAGUUUGCUUUUCUAAUUGACGGAUGAUUCAGUUGUUGCUUUCUUGUUUCAUGUUGUCCAGCGAUUGUCCCUUAGGUGUUUUAUGUCCUUGUAUAAUUGAGAAAAUCAAAGAAAUGGAUUCGAUCUGUCGUCCUCGUGUUAUUCUGACAGGUGAAAAGAAAGAAUCGCUUGGAAAUUGGUACCAUCCCUUGUGUCUUAAGUGCAGAAAAUGUGGUCGGCAACUGGCUGUCGGCAACCACGCGGAAGUAAGCUUUUUAAUUUUUGCACUUUUAAUUCGAAUUAACGUCUAAAGUUCAUGGAACGUGCACAUGUCGUGAGCGAUGGUGUUUGAAUAAAUAUACACGCUCUAAGGUAGUUUGAGAAUAAGUAGCGUGACUCGAAUCUGACAUCAUAAAAAGUGGAACGCUCGAAUUUUUCAAUUCGUCAAAUUACAAUCUUCUGUUGACUGAUCUUUACAAACGGCUGAAUAAGUGAUUCAUUUUAUUUUAGGUUUGUGUUAUUCCGUGGCUCUUAGUAAGUAAGUAAGUAAGUAAGUAAAGCCUUUAUUUAAAGAGGGUAGCACCUAAUAGCCAAAGGCUAAUAAACUUGUGGCCCUCAUAAAAUACACAACUAUUCACAAUCUAAUAAAUAUUGUAAGCUAAAAUAUAUAAACAUUUAAAAUAAAACUAGAUUCCAUUUAUAUAUAUAUAUAUAUAUAUAUAUAUAAAUUAUUAAAUGAUAAAAUGAUGCAAACAUUGUUGUUCAUUAAAAAUCUUGGCAAACAUGUUCUUGAACGCAAUUUAAAACUAAACAAAAACAAACAAACAGAAAGACAAAAAAAAAAAAGCUGAUAACGAUACCUAGUAACUUGUUCACACUGGGUGGUUCGUAAGGCCUUAUUCCCUACGAAAUUUGACAGCACUAAAAGGAAGUUUCUAUAGUGUUGUUAAGUGUCGUUCCCAAACAGCUGUUACAGUGCAGAAAAUUUUAACAUCCCUUGCUUUUGACACUGAUGUAGCUCGGACCCGAAAUAAGAUUUUCACAGAAGCCUAUACUGACAACAGGAGCCUGAUGACAGUAGCCUCCCCCGGGCGAGGACUCCUGUGUAAAGUGGGGUUAGGGAUACUCAUCGAAAACUUGGACUAAUCAGACCUGUAAAGGAGACCAUUGUAAAACAAACAGCCAAAGGAGAGCUUUUAAGCUGCGCUGAAAGAAGUUUUCCUCAAACGUUUAACCCCUUCUUCUUUUCGUCUUCUGCUUUCUUUAAAGUUACGAUAAGCAUUCCCCCGGGCAGUAGACAGGGCUAGUUAUCGGUCCACCGACCCGUUUCGAAUUGUUUUUGGGCAGAAAUUUUUAAUUUCUUUCUCUUCUGCAAAUUUUCUUAAAGAAUUCGGAAUUGUCAUUGGGAAUUAUAAGAUCUAUGGGUGUAGUAGUGAACUUGACCAUUUAAAUGGCGCUCACCUGGUGAAAAUUUCAUACUUUAGAGGCUCUUACUUAAAAAAAAAGUUACAUGGUAGUCAGGACUGGCCGGCCAGACAGGUCAUCUUGAAAAUGAAGUACUUUUUUCCCAGAGUUUUUGCCUAACACUCAACAUUGUUAUGCAUACUAUUUAAGCACCUUGCAAACCGACGCAACGUUGCUGGGAUGUUACAUGUUGUGCCUGUUUGCAAACCCUGUUGCACGUAGUCUGCCACACUGCCGUUUUUAAAGUCGUCACGCAACGCUCCUCCCCACUGUGGGGAGGAGCGUACACUAAAAACGGCGGUGUAGCAGACUAUGUUGCACGUUGUUGCGCAAAGUUAAGGUCAAACUUUUGAGCCAACAUACAACUCCCAACACAUUUCUUAUUCCGUGAUGGCCGAACCGUAGCGCAACAAUGUUGGAUCCGUUGCACAGCUCGUCCAACAUUGUUAGGGCCAUACACGCGCGUUUUACACACCUCUGCCAACACGGACGCAACAACGUCCAACAUUGUUGGCCCAACAAUGUUGGACGUUGUUGCGUUCGUUUGCACGUAGCUUCAAAAAUAAAAUAAUCUGGCUGGACAGAUCUGAUCUGGUGUGGCCGGCCAGUUCUUACUAAUGGAAAUGCCCUUACUCGACCUUACACUUUGGCGGCUGAACAAAGUUUAUUACAUUGCCAGAUACGAUCGAGUGGUUCUAGAAUUACUGCGAACAGCUGGGAGUACAGCAAAUUCUACUCAAUUUAACUAUUCUAUAAGAUAACUCUCUAGAGAAUUACCGUAAAAUUCCGAAAAUAAGCCCCUCCAUGUAUAAGCCCCUCCAAAUAUAAGCCCUCCAAACUAGUAACGCAAAAAACCCUCCGUUAAUCGCCCCUCCAACUAUAAGCCCCUUGGGGGCUUGUACUUGGAAAUUUCCCUCAAAUACAAAGUAAAAUAAAGCAAAAAUGGUAAAUUUCCUUCCAACUAUACGGCUACCCCAAUCGAUUUUGAAACGCAAAUUUCCCUCCGUAGAUAAGCCCCUCUGAAUAUAAGCCCCUCCAAAAGGGCCUUUGAAAAAUAUAAGCCCCGGGUCUUAUGUUCGGAAUUUUACGGUAUGUCAAGCAAUUUAUACCAAUAGCAGAUAGGUAUAAAAUUCAACAACUGUAACCAUCUUAUAAAAGGACCAAGGUAACUGUUACUGGUUAGUUUAUUAGAUGUUUGCUAUAUUUGCUCUGUUUUAGCGAAAAGGCGAGCCCUACUGUCAUAACCCUUGCUAUGCAUCUGAGUUCGGUCCGAGAGGAUUUGGUCAUGGAGGCACAGAAUCACACAAGUAUUAGAGCGUUAUUGUAGGUAUGUAUCAAAAUCCUAUAACGUCGCUGAAUUACCCGACGGUCAACUCUUUCCAAUAUAAUACAACAACAAGCAACAAAACAUUUAUUUGUUAUUGCAAAUUUUUGAGGUAAAAGAUUUAUAAUAACCGUCACGAAUAUAAAACAAUUCAUGCCCAGUUUAAAUUUAUAUCAUUAGUGUAGUUUGAUGUAGUGGGUGAACUUUGUUGUAGUUAUUAUAGUGUAGCUUGGUGUAGAUUUGUGCAGUUUGGUGCGUGUUGGUGUAGUUUGAUGCAGGCUAAUGUAGUUUGGACCAAUUCGGUGCAGUUUGGUUCAGGCUGGUGUAGUUUGAGGUAGGUUGAUGCAGCUUAGUGCAGGUUGGGGCAGUUGGUGAAGGUUGGUGCAGAUUGGUACAGUUUGGAGCAGCUUGUUGCAGUUUGGCGUCCGUUGGUGCAGUUUGGUAUAAUUUGGUGCAGGUUGGUGUAGUUUGGUGUAGCUUAGUACAAGUUGUUGCAGUCUGGUGUUUGGUGCAGUUUGAUGCAUAUGCAGGUUUGUUCAAGUUGGUGUAGUUUGGUGUAAUUUGUGGCAUGUUGGUGUAGUUUGAUACAGUUCGAUAUGGUGCGGUGAAUGUUGGUGCAGUUCUGUACAGGUUGGUGCACGUUGAACGGUAUCAUGAAUUUAUUAUCAAAUUUUUACAAAAAGCAAUGGAAAUUCUGUUAGCAAAGCUAUUUGACGCGGGUAGAGCAAGUAAGUAAAUGUAGCUAAGAUUAUAGCUCACAAAGGCAAGGCGCAGCCUUUUGUUAGUUUAUGAAAACUACACAUUAAAUAGCAGUUCAAGGGUUGACGGCUUGUCUGACUAUUCCUGCAGGUCUUUCAAAGUCACAAGAUGCAAGAACACUAACUCCAUCUGGCGAGAGACUAUUAGAAAAAUGUUCAUGUUUUUAAAUAAAAGAUCUAUAUGUGCUGUUUUGAGUUAAUCACUGUCAUAUGUUUAUUCAGGUUGUAUGUAGACAUCGAAGAAUUUUUAAAAUAAUUAAACCAAUCAGACUGCGACUGGUAUCUUUUUGCUUUCUCUGAUGGUUUCUAUUUUCUUACUACAUGAAAUUAACAAAU